UAUUAUUAUUAUUAUUUUGGCUAUAGAACCUUCUUGAAUCAGUACAUACAGAUACUGGGUUUUCAGUAUUUUACUGAGUUACUGUGGUGGAUUUUCCUUGUUUCUAGUUUUUGCAGCAAAGUCUGCAGUUUUUUUAGGUGUACCCUCUGCUUCUACUGCCCCACAAUUGUGAAAUUUAGGGUUUAUACUUAGGAUUUGAGUUGAAAUUUGGGAUUCUUGAACGAACACCUCUGGUGUUGGCAUCUUCCAAGGAGCAUCUUGAAGGAGGUAACUGAAAUUGGAAUUGGUUUUCUUGUACAGAAAAGUUAAUCUGUGAGAUUUGGGAAUUAGGUUUAGUUGUGAGCAUGGCAAUGUCUUUCCAUUCACAUAUGGUGGGUUGCAAGAGGAGUGAGGUUAGAAGAAGGAGAUGGCAAGUUGUUGCCAUGUCUCCUUUUUCAAUUGUGCCCAAAACUGAACAAAGUGGUAGUAUAAACAACUCCAGCAAGAGUUUUCCCUCAGAUGCAGAUCGUAGUGGCGGUGAGGCUCUGCUCACUCAACAAAAUAAUGCUGUAGGGAUCAUUGGAGGAGUGUCUGUGGAUUCAACUCUGAAUUUUGUUAACAAGCUUGCGAAAUGCGAUGGGGAAAAUGGUUUCCCUUUUGUCCUCUGCUCUGAUCCACUGCUGAGCAAGGAGAUGUUGUCCUAUGAAAGGAGUUCACUCCCUUUCCUUACCGGUAGUAGGCAACCUAAGAGGGAUCACACCUCAAUCGUAGACAGUUUGAGGCGUAAAAGGAUGUUUCUUGAGAGGUCUGGAGCGCGGUGCAUUGUUAUGCCGUGUCACAUUGCACAUUCAUGGUACGAGGAUGUUGCAGCUGGAUCCUCGAUUUGUUUUCUGCAUAUGGGUGAGUGUGUAGCCAAGGAGCUCAAGGAAGCUAAACUCAGGCCUCUUGAAGCAGGAAGCCCUCUGCGCAUUGGCGUCCUCGCUACCAAUACUGAUCUCACUGCUGCUUUUUACCAGCAAAAGCUUCAAAGUGAGGGUUUUGAGGUUGUAGUACCAGAUAAGGCAACCAUAGAACACACAAUUAUCCCUGCAGUGGAAGCCCUAACCAGAAAGGACAUAGAAGGGGCACAGAACCUAUUCAGAAUCGCGUUACAGGUGCUCUUAGUGAGAGCUGUCAACACUGUGAUAAUCGCCUCAGAUGACAUGCGCCAAGUUUUGCCUCCGGAUGAUCCCCUGCUCAAGAAAUGCAUCGACCCACUGGAUGCAUUGGCACGCUCAACUGUUAAAUACGCACUGUCUGCUGAAAGAUGUAAAGAAGCCUAGUGUGCAGAGAUGAUAAUAGUUUUGGAGCAAUUGUGGAGUGGGUGUAAAGUAAUGCUGUUUAUUUAAAAUGUAAGAUAUUGAAACAAAGUGUUAAUAGCAUCAGUGAAGCCCAUAGAGCUAAAGUUGUGUCAGACAAAGUGAACACUUUGUUGAUUGUCAAGAAGCAAAAACUAUUUUCAUUUGUAUGAAUUCAUUCCCCUUCAAGUA